AUGUCCCUGGGCUGCGAGCGCCCGCCCCGCCCCGCCCCGCCCCCGUGGGGACCUGGCAACCUCCGCAAGCACCUUCCUAGCCCCGAACGGGAGGCACGCGCUGCGCCCCGGGUGGACGCAGAGAUCCGAGAGGAUCCGUGCACCCCAGGUCCCGCUCGUUUCCAGCGGGGCUCAGGCUCCCUCACCCUCCCCCACCCCACCCGGCCGCGGCCUUCCCAGCCCCGCCCGAGCCUGCGGGUGUCUGGUCUGCGGCGUCCCCGCCUCGCCGCAUGGCUGGUGGGUUCCUCGCGAGGGGGAGGGUCCGCGCAGCCCCUGCACCGGGAGGGCGGGACCGCGCCCCGCCCCGCAGGCCUCCAGCUGGUGCACCUGUGGUCUAACGCCACGCGCGGCGCUGUGCGCCUGCCCCUGCGCAACUCCGAGUCCGUUUGUGUCGGUGUCCCGGGCAAGGGGUCUGUCUGUCCUCCUGGCGGGCGGACUGAGCGGGUCCCGCGUCAGCGCUACGUGCGGCGGGGCGGGCGGGGCGGGAGGGGCGGUGACCCGGGCCGGGGGCCGCCGCCGCUGCUGCUGUUUCUGGGAGCCACGCUGGUUUUCGCUGCCGGGGCCGCGCCAGCGCGUGAGGUGGGCCGCGCGGUCGAGGCCACGGAGCCGGUGAAGAGCAUCCCGGCGUGGGAGCCGCGCGCAAACGACACGCGGGAGGGGGCCGGCCCGUCAGCGACUGGGGAAGACGAAACCGCGUGGACGGCGGCCGCCGACGAGCAGGCGGCGGUGGGCCCCGGGGUCGGGCCAGAAGCGGCACUGGAGGCGUCGGCCGCGGUGACAGGCGCCGCCUGGCUGGAGACUGACAGCCCCGGCCUGGGCGGAGUGACCUCCGAAGUGGGCAGUGGCGAUGCCCAGGCCCUCCCAGCCACACUCCCUGCUCCCGACGAGGCCCUGGGGCAGUCGUCAAUACCCCACGCCACCCCCGAGGCUAGCGGGCCACCCUCCCCCACCCCUGGCAACAAGCCAAGCCCAGGCCCUGAACUCCCGAAGGAGAGGCCCCUGGAGGUUUGGCUGAACCUGGGAGGCAGCACACCUGGCCCUCAUGGACCAGAGCCCACGUACCCUUUUCAGGGCACGCUGGAGCCCCAGCCAGCCUCAGAUAUAAUUGACAUCGACUACUUCGAAGGAUUGGAUGGGGAGGGCCGUGGUGCCGACCUGGGAAGCUUCCCAGGGUCACUAGGAACCUCGGAGCACCACCCCGAUACCGACACUGGGGGAGAGACACCUUCAUGGAGCCUGCUUGACUUAUACGAUGACUUCACUCCCUUUGAUGAAUCUGAUUUCUACCCCACCACCUCAUUCUAUGACGACUUAGAUGAAGAGGAGGAGGAAGAGGAGGAUGACAAGGAUGCAGUGGGAGGUGGAAACCUGGAAGAUGAAAAUGACCUUCUGAUGCCCACCAGGAAGCCUGGCCUGGGGCCAGGGGCAGGCCAGCCCACUAGUCGGUGGCAUGCUGUCCCCCCACAGCAUACUCUGGGGAUAGUCCCUGGCAGCAGCAUUGCUCUCAGGCCCCGCCCAGGAGAGCCAGGCAGGGACCUGGCCCCAGGCGAGAAUGGCACUGAGUGCCGCAGUGGUUUUGUGCGACAUAACGGCUCCUGCCGGUCAGUGUGUGACCUCUUCCCCAGUUACUGUCACAAUGGCGGCCAAUGCUACCUGGUGGAGAACAUAGGGGCCUUCUGCAGGUGCAACACGCAAGACUACAUCUGGCACAAGGGGAUGCGCUGUGAGUCCAUCAUCACCGACUUCCAGGUGAUGUGUGUGGCCGUCGGCUCGGCUGCCCUUGUGCUGCUCCUGCUCUUCAUGAUGACGGUAUUCUUUGCCAAGAAGCUCUAUCUGCUCAAGACGGAGAAUACCAAGCUGCGUAGGACCAACAAAUUCCGGACCCCAUCUGAGCUCCACAACGAUAACUUCUCCCUCUCCACAAUUGCUGAGGGUUCUCACCCAAAUGUAAGGAAACUUUGCGACACUCCCCGUACCUCCUCCCCCCAUGCCCGUGCCUUGGCUCACUAUGAUAACAUUAUCUGUCAGGAUGAUACAAGUGCUCCCCACAAAAUCCAGGAAGUUCUCAAGUCUUGCCUGAAAGAGGAGGAGUCCUUUAACAUCCAAAACUCCAUGUCGCCCAAACUUGAGAGUAACAAAGGUGACCAGGCUGACUUGGAUGUGAACUGUCUGCAGAAUAACUUAACCUGAAGCGGAGCAAGAGAAAAAGAAACGGGGGGAGGGGGGAACAUUAUCUCCUCUUGUACAGAGUCUAUUUCUUGUAACCAUUUGUUAAACCCUUUUCUUUUUCUGAUCUCAUGGCAUGCUUUGACAUAUUUUGUACAGGAGGGAAAAAAAAAUUAGCAAAGAACUUGAAUGGAAUUGCAUACAUUGAAUUGUUUUGUCUGUGCUGUCUGUACAUUGCUUCUGCUGCUGUGAUUUCUAAACCUAUGCUGUUAUUCAACUGACUUUUUUUUGUACUUUGACCCACCUUUUUUUGAGAUACCAGUAAAAAACAAAGUUCUUGAAAUAAAACUUUUAAAAAAGUUA